GAGACGUCAAAAAGGCAGUACUUCACAGAGCUCGUGAGCUCGACGAAGGAUGGCGGGGCAGUGUAGGUUGCCGGGCGGUGGCCGAGAGCGCCGCCGGACGCGCUCAGAGCACAGGUUCCUGGGCGAAGGCGUGUUUGAUGACCUCGCUUGUCUCAGGCUCGCGAUGGACAGGGUCGGCGUCUCAGCGCCCUCACAGCUCUCCGCAACGCGCUAUAUAACCAACGCGUCGCAGCGCAGGGCCAGCCUUGCCUGCACCCCUCUCUUCUUCUUCCUCAUGUUCUCCCGCUCCGGCGCCCUCCGCGCGCUCUCGGUGGCCGCCUUGUUCUCUUCUGUUCUUUCUCUGCCCCACCUGCCUGUUCGCCCUGCCAAGCGCUCCCUGCAGGACUACGUAGACCACCUCGUCUACCUUGACGCGAGCAAGUCCGCUCUUUACUCGGCGAUUGAGAUUGGCGGCCAGACGUAUGGCGCAAACUUGGACAACCAAUGGGGAGGUCUGGUCGUAAAGAACGGCAGUUCACAAGGCACCACGACGCAGAUCACGGUCGAGGGUGUUGCCGUAACUGUCACGGAAGGCAAUGGCACGGUCGGCUUCCUGCAAGAGGACAUCGAGAUUGACUUCUACUCGACGUCACAAUGGCCAAGCUCCUGGCCGUCCAUUGGCAGCUCAGCAGGUGUCGGUGCCGGCAAAGUCGGUAUCGACAUCACCGACUCAAACAGCGUCAUGAACCAGUACCUCGCCGCGAAGUGGUCAAACAUCCUCGACAACUGGUACUACGACCUCCUCAUCUUCUACGAUUGGCAAACCGCCUCCUCCACGACCGUCGACCUCGAGUUCGCGGGUAUCAUCACGACCGGCUCCACGCUCGACUGGACGUCCGUGUUCGACAUCUCCGCGAGCGACGCGACCAAGUACGGCCUCCCCGACCUGAGCAGCAUCAAGGACCAGCCGUACAUCUACCUGCGCAACGACGGCACCUUCUACGUCGACAACGGCUUCUGGGCGAACGGCAAUCUGUACAGCAUCGGGAGCGGCGUGGCGCAGACACCCGCGAGCAGCGUCGUCGUCGAGGUGUCCCUCACGGAGCGCUUCUCGACGUUCCCCGACUCCGUCGUGAAGGGCCUCUACGGCGGCCUCUCGGGCGCGAAGUACUACGGGCACUCGAACUACGGGUACUACCAGGUUCCGUGUGACGCGGAGAUCGAGUUCUAUUUCACCAUUGGGGGUACCAAAUACAACGUCACCCAGGACGCGCUCGUUGCACCGAAUCCGUGGGGCGACCAGUGCGUGGGCACGCUCUUCACCAACGGCCACAGCUCCUGGUCGACCUCGUUCGACGUUGUCUUCGGCUUCCAGUUCCUGUCUGCGUUCUACUACCGCUCGGGUAUCAACCACAGCUCGAACAACCAGCCGUACGUGAAGAUGCUGCCCCUUCCCGGCUCCGACAGCUGGGCGUCCAGCAGCGGCGCGUGGUCGUGGUCCGGCUCUGGCUCGCUGUCUAGCGGCUCCUGGGCGCCCGUGAGCACCCAGUACAACAACAACCAGGCCGCGGCGACCUCAACGGCAUAUGCCUCCGCGGCGACCACCUACACGAACGCGCAGUACACGCCCAGCACCAGCACGAUCUUCACCACCACGACGCACACCGUCAUCGGCACCGUCACGCUGCCGUGGCCCACGAGCAGCGCCGUGUCCAGCGCGUCUGGCAGCUACUCCGGGUCGGGCUCUGGCUCGAACUCGAGCUCGAGCUCCGGCUACUCGGGCUCCGGGUACAACAGCGAGAGCGAAAACCUGGCCGUCGCCGGCAACGUCGAGACGGAGACGGACGCGGACGGCAACGACCUCAACCUCCCGCACGGAAGCCUCUCCGACAAGCUCAAGCACUGCUUGCCCGCGAUCAUCGUCAUGGCGGUGGUGCUCGGUCUUGGUCUCGUCAUCGGCCUCAUCGUGUGCCUCGUUCGCCGCCGUCGUGGCCCCGGUGCCGCGCGCGGGCCCUCUGCGUACAGCAACAUCCACGACUCGGACGUGCACGGACCCGUGCACGUCCCGCUCUACGGCGCCGAGGAGGGCACGUCGCGCUACUCUGACCCCUACAAGGACAAGGAGUAAACGUCUCUCCGCUUCUAGGGUUUCGCGUUCGACGCUUCGGGUCUGGCAGGGCACCGUGCGUUUUCUUCUCUUGAGUUUCAUUUCAUUUCAGUGUGUUACGACGGCCGGACUUUGCUUUCUCUCGCUAUAUAUCUCUAGUACAUACAUCUACAUCGCGCGCACACGCAUACGGGCUCUGCAGGCCGAGGUAGCGCUUCCACGGCACCGGCGGACCUUGGCUCUUUGUCCCUCACUAGUUACUACAGUAUCUCUAUAUUCAUAUGGGCAUGUGCACAAGGC